CUCACUCUUUCUCCCUCCAAAAUCAUAUCAACCCAUUUGGAGACAAAGAGAAAGAGUCACUACUACUGCUACUAACUUCAUUAGAAAGUGAUCAGAUUGCACAAAAACUCAACACCACACAUCAGAAAAAAGAUGCCUUGUUCGCCGGUUAUUAGCGUUGUCUCCAAAUCAACGGUUUUCCCCGACAGGAAAUCGACCCUCGGAGACCUCAAACUCUCCGUGUCCGACCUCCCCAUGUUGUCUUGCCAAUACAUCCAAAAAGGCAGCCUCUUCACUCGCCCACUGCAAAUCCCAAACGACUCCCUAAUCUCUCUCCUAAAGCAAGGCCUUUCCCGUACUCUCUCUCUCUUCCCUCCGCUCGCCGGUCGCCUCACCACCGAUGGAUAUGGACACGUGUUCCUCACGUGCAACGACGCCGGCGCCGACUUCAUCCACGCCAAUGCCGCGGAUGUCUUCAUCCGCGACAUCCUGGGACCCACCCACGUGCCGGAGCACGUGUGGGACUUUUUCGCCUGCGACGGGACGGUGAGCUACGCGGGCCAUUUCAGGCCCAUCCUGGCCGUGCAGGUAACGGAGUUAGCCGACGGCGUCUUCAUUGGCUGCGCCGUUAAUCACGCCGUUACUGACGGAACUUCCUUCUGGAACUUCUUCAAUACUUUCGCCGAGGCCUGUCGGGGUGUGAAGAGGAUUUCUCGGCCCAGCCCGGAUUUCAGCCGCGACUCUAUCCUGAUCUCGAAGGCCGUACUGAAACUGCCUGAAGGUGGGCCCAAAGUCACGUUUUCCAACGACGCGUCGUUGAGGGAGAGAAUAUUCAGUUUCAGCAGGGAAGCAAUUCUGAUACUGAAGGACAGGACAAAUAACCGAACGGCACUGAUCGAAAACGACAUCGAGAUUCUGGGGAAGCAAAAAAACGACACGUACUCGCAAAGCGACAACAACAAGGUGGCGUCCAUAAUCGAGAACUGGCUGAAAAACGGCGUCAUUUCAAAACAAAACGCAGCAGUAGCGGAAAUCUCGUCGUUUCAAUCUCUCUGCGCGCUGCUGUGGCGGGCGGUUACACGCGCGAGGAAGCUUCCUUCCUCCAAAACGACGACAUUUAGAAUGGCGGUUAACUGUCGUCACAGGCUGGAGCCGAAGCUCGAUCCGCACUACUUCGGGAACGCGAUCCAGAGCGUGCCGACGUGCGCGUCGGCGGGGGAAGUCUUAUCUCGGGAUCUGCGCUGGUGCGCGGAACAGCUCAACGAGAGCGUGAGGGCGCACGAUAACGCUAACGUGCACCUCUUCGUGAAGGAUUGGGAGAGCAACCCGAGGUGCUUUCCGCUGGGUAAUCCCAACGGCGCGUCAAUCACGAUGGGAAGCUCGCCGAGGUUUCCGAUGUACGACAACGAUUUCGGUUGGGGACGGCCGUUGGCGGUCCGGAGCGGGAGGGCGAACAAGUUCGACGGCAAGAUCUCGGCGUUCCCGGGGAGGGACGGAAACGGGACGGUCGAUCUCGAGGUGGUUUUGUCGCCGGAGACGAUGGCGGCGUUGGAGAACGAUUCGGAGUUCAUGCAUUACGUAUCAAGCGUAUUCUGAUGAGUUUCGUGGACGAAGAGGGUAGUGAUUGGGUACGGUAAGGUGUAGUGGUUGAUGUGGUGAUCUGGGUUGUGAUAUUAUGACCGUUCUAUUUUGUACUUUGUGGGGGGUUUUCAGUGGAUAUUAGAUUUUAAAUAAUAAAUGGGUUGAACUUUGAAGUUUGAACGGUGUUGAUUUGGUCCGGAAGGGUGGGGCAUGUUUCUGCUUUUUGUGACAUGUAUGUUUUGUAUUUUGAGUUAUAUGUAUGAUGUAUCUAAUAUUCCUUUUGGCUUUCUUAA